CCACGAUCUUUGCAACGUCGUCACUUUCUUCACGUUCAACACUCGAAUCCGCCAUCAUGUCAGCUAUGGAUAUGUUCUGGGCAGCUCCGCCCAUCUCGAGAACUUUGGCUGCUUCAGCCUUUGUCCUCUCGAUUUGCGUUUACACCGGAAUGAUACCUUUCUAUUGGGUGCUUUUCCAUUAUUCCAAGUUCAUGGUUCUACCUCCGGAGCUUUGGAGAAUCUUUACUUCAUUCCUCAUAACAGGGAAAGAUCUGGGCAUAAUAUUCGACACAUAUUUCUUAUACACAUAUGGAAGUAAGCUUGAAACAGCUUCGCCGAGGUUCACGGGACCUGGAGACUUCUUCAUGUACAUCGUCUUUGUGUGUGCGACUGUCUUGGGCUUGAACAUCUUUGUCACAGGAGGAAUGAUAUUUACUUCAGCAUUGGUGCUUGCCUUUGCCUAUACCUCCACUCAAGACGACAGAGGUCAGAAGGCGACCUUCUUCAUCGUUACUAUUCCAGCACAAUGGAUUCCAUACGCGAUGCUGCUCAUGACUUUCAUAAUGGCUGGUCCUGAAGCCGCAAAAGUACAAGCUACAGGACUCGUUGCAGCUCAUCUGCACGACUUCCUGACACGUCUGUGGCCAACAUUUGGUGGCGGGAGAAACCUCGUCCCCACGCCAGCUUUUGUCAAGAGGAUGUGGCAAUCGACCGAAGCCAGUGUGGCCGAUCGAGCAUACGGCACAGCAUUCACACCAGCUCAGCGAACAUCAGGCACAUCGACGGGAGCAGCUGGUGGGGUCUUGCCGGAGUCGUGGAGGAAUAGAGGCUCAGGUCACAGGUUAGGAGGUGACUAGGGACUUGAAGGCUUUUUGGUGCUCGACCCUAAGUGAGGAAUGAAUCAUCAUUUCAGUAAAUCCUUCCCUCCCCGUGAUUCAAUGCGAUUUCUACUUCAAUUGUGAAUCUUGCAGGUCCAUGGCACGGUUACCGCUGCAUGCUGGGAUAUCAAAUGUGACGUCUUGGAUAAAACCUUCACAGUUUGAUGCUCAGUGAACUUGGUAUCAUAAGAUACGUUCCGUCCUAUGUCCAAGGUCGUCUUUCUGAUACCUAUAUUACUUCCUGUGAGUAAUGUUACCGCGCCUCCUUAAGAAACAUCCAAC